UUCUGUAUGUAGCUUUUUAGUAGCUAUGUAUUACUACAUGAAGUAUUCAACCAACUGAUCUCAUAAAAUAAAAUUAACAGUAACAAUGGCGACGCAAUUAAACAUUUCUGGUCUUGGGGAAAACGACGAUGGGGCACUUACAGUGGAGCAACAAACCAAACUGAAUCAUUUUAAGAUAGAAACGAGGCUUGCAAAUGAGAAAUAUUUACGAAGUCAUGCUGAAAUUUCACAUGUUACACAAGCUUUCAUAAAGGAAGUCUUGAAAAAACGACCUGAAAAUGUACGUGAAUUUGCAGCAGGAUAUUUCUCUGAUAAAGAACUUAAAGAGAAAAUACAAGAGGAAAACCCAGAGAAUUUUUUAAGAGAGUUUGACAAGGCAGCAAUUAAUUAGAAAACAGCAAAAAAGACUAAGCAACAUUUACUGCAAUGUAACAAUGUCAAUUGCUUACAUUAUAAAUAUAAAAUCAUUAUGUCAUAAUCUAUUUAAAGUUCACAGCAGCUGGCAGGUUUAUUUCAGUGUGGUGGGUGCUAAGUCCACUAAUACAAUGCAUUUAUAUAAAUUUUUACCAUGA